AAAUGGCUACCACUUCAGCUCGUUUGCUUAUUUUUCUGACAAUCAUUGUUGCUAUCAACGCAAAUUCUUUACACUAUGAAGCAACUCCAGAAGUUCGCUAUGAACCCACAUGGGAGUCCCUAGAUUCCCGCCCAAUUCCAUCAUGGUUCGAUGAAGCUAAAGUUGGAGUCUUUAUUCACUGGGGAGUAUUCUCAGUACCAAGUUUUGGUUCUGAGUGGUUCUGGGAAUACUGGCAGGGGGACAAGCAUGCGAUUUUUACAGACUUCAUGAAGAAGAACUACAAACCAGACUGGACCUAUGCAGACUUUGCUCAAGAUUUUACAGCUGAAUUCUAUGAUGCCAACACAUGGGCGGAACUAUUUGUAGACUCUGGAGCUAAGUAUGUUGUGUUUGUAAGCAAGCAUCAUGAAGGUUUCUGCAACUGGCCAACCAAUGUCUCCUUCAACUGGAACUCCCAGAUGGUUGGACCAAAAAGAGACAUUGUGGGUGAGCUGGCCCAGGCCAUCCGCAGCAAGACAGACCUCCACUUUGGCCUGUAUCACUCCCUGUUUGAGUGGUUCCACCCUCUGUAUGUACAGGACAAGGCCAACAACUUCACCACCACCAGAUUUGUUAAGGAAAAGACCAUGCCAGAGUUGUACGAGCUUAUAAACACCUACAAGCCAGACAUUAUUGACUCUGAUGGAGACUGGGAGGCCCCGGACACCUAUUGGGGUUCCAAGGAGUUCCUGGCCUGGCUGUACAAUGACAGCCCAGUGAAGGAUAAGAUUGUCACCAAUGACAGAUGGGGAAAGGGGGACAUGUGUCAUCACGGUGGGGUCUUGACAUGCCAAGACAGGUACAAUCCAGGAGUACUUCAGCCAAGGAAGUGGGAGAAUGGGAUGACAAUUGACAGAAAUUCGUGGGGAUUCCGUCGGGAGGCUGUCCUGCAUGAUUAUCUGACCAUGGACGAUAUUAUACCACUGCUGGUUGAAACUGUCAGCUGUGGAGGGAACUUCUUGAUUAAUGUGGGGCCAACCAAAUAUGGCAUUAUCAGUGCCAUCUAUGAGGAGAGGCUGCGUCAGAUGGGAGAAUGGCUGAAGGUGAAUGGAGAGGCUAUCUACGCCUCCAAACCUUGGGUGGCCCAGAAUGACACAGUCACACCAGGGGUUUGGUAA